AUGCCGGUUGAUGUCGAUUUCGACGAGGAGGAACGCUUCGUUCAAAACGUCAUCCACAAGAUAUUCUCCAAGUUCGGCAAGAUCACCAACGAGUUCUACCCUACGGUAGACGGACCUGAAGGACUCACUAAAGGGUACAUCUUCCUGGAGUAUGGUGCUCCCACUCAGGCUCUGGAGGCAGUGAAGAACGCUGACGGCUACAAGCUGGACAAGCAGCACACCUUCAGAGUCAAUGUGUUCACUGACUUCGACAAGUACAUGAGCAUCAGUGACGAGUGGGAGACUCCUGAGAAGCAGCCCUUCAAGGACUUUGGUAACAUGCGUCACUGGAUGGAGGACCCUGACUGUCGUGACCAGUACAGCGUCAUCUACGAAUCAGGAGAGAGGACCGCCAUCUUCAACAACGACGCCAAGGAUCCAAUCGUCUCCGAGGAGAGGGCGCGCUGGACAGAGACCUAUGUGCGCUGGUCUCCCAAGGGAACCUACCUGGCCACUGUCUCCACCAGCGAGGCAUUGCAUUGUGGGGCGGAGAGAAGUUCAAGCAGAUCCAACGUUUCAGCCACCAGGAGUGUCUCUGAUCGACUUCUCCCCUGCGAGAGGUACGUGGUGACGUUCAGUCCCCUGAUGGACACAAAGGAGGACCCCCAGGCCAUCAUCAUCUGGGACAUUCUGACUGGCCAGAAGAAGAGAGGCUUCCACUGUGAGAGCUCCGCCCACUGGCCCAUCUUCAAGUAA